AUGGCUUUCUCAAUGUAUGGCCAAGCUCGUGCUUCAUAUACUUCAGUCAAACGACAUGACGCCGAUCCUAUGGAUAUAGAAAGCCCAACAGCUUCGAAUAUGAGGCCAAAGGUUGGUCUACUUUCCCAUACCUUGGUAUCGAGCCCAAUUAUCCAGUGGAUUUUACCUGCACGGCUUCGAGGGAAACACCAAAAUGACGUUAUAUUCGUUGGUGAGCGGAGCCUGGAGAUCAAAGAAGCUAUCUCUGGUGUGCACUUAGAAGCGGUCACUUCAAAAUCGGAUUUUGAUGCUAAUAUCAUGGCUGCGAAAAUCAUCAACGUGAGCACGGAGUUACCCUGGGAGUCACAAAUGAAAUUGGGAGCCAGCAGUGAAAGUGAACAUACCGCAUCAAUAAUGGAAAACAACCUGCCGCCUCAAAUCUUGCUUCUUAGCAUUGCGUCGAGGGAGUUAGUGUUUCUUUACUACUCAAACGCCAAUGGACAAUUUAUUCACCAUCACCGGCCUUUACCGAAUGAUGUCAGUACUUUUGAGCGUUUUGGCCGAAAUAUUGCAGUGGAACCCAGGUCACGCGCAGUAGCGGUUAGCGCGUCCAGCGAUUAUUUUGGGCUCUUCAUAUUGAAGAAGCCCCCGGUCCUUCAGUCACAGAUGCUACAUAAGCAGCUCGAUCCUAUAGCCGAGGAACGCUUUUUCCGUGUCGAUGGAGACAUUAUUUUCAUGGAAUUUCUGUAUCCCAAAAAUGAAGAUGGCGACAAGGUUAUACUUCUUCUCUUGGUCGCCCAGGAACAAAUUACCCACGCUAUAUGUUACGAGUGGGACCCAAAUGAGCCUCUGCGAGACAUUUCUCCAAGGGUGACAAAGAGACUGCUUCCCUUCGAGGACAGGCUGCCUACCAUGCUGAUCCCAUUAACCAAGACCGCUUCCUUCAUGCUCAUUACAACGACUUCAAUGUCGAUUUAUAGGAGCAGAGUGGACCCUCGGAGACUACCCACUAGGUAUCCGCUCCCUGCUCCCGACCAUGAGUCUCACAGAUCCCCGCUAUGGACUCGGUGGGCGAGGCCAUUGCGUAAUUGGAUCUACAACCAAAAGCAUGAUGACAUUUACCUUUGUCGUGAGGACGGUCGCAUAUUUUACUUGGGUAUUGGCAAUGAUGGGGAAGUCGAGACUCAGACACAGCUAGGACAGCUUUGUUGUGAUGUCGAUGCAGCGUUUGAUAUCUUGGAUAUAGGCCACGAAGGCGGCGAUCUGCUCCUAGCUGCAGGAAAUACAGGGGAUGGUGGUCUGUUUGUUCAAAAGGCGCGAGAUCACCCAAGAUGCGUCCAGAAAUUUAUGAACUGGACACCGGUUACAGACUCUGUUCUCGUCAAGUCUACAAGACAUGACCCCUCUGGUGUGGACGUGGGCGCUGAUCGAAUGUUUGUCUGUUCCGCGUCUUCCUUCGCGCGAGGGGCAAUUGUUGAGCUGCGGCAUGGCAUAGAAGCACAGAUUGGAUUGGCUGUCUCAUUGGAAGAAUUAUCUGGCACUAGAGAUAUAUGGACUAUGUCGGACGGCGCAAACGGAGGCGUUUUCGUUUUGACAUCUGAUCCGGUUUCCUCUGUACUUUUAUAUUUAUCUGCUAAUUUCGGCGACGACAUCUGUGCCGUCGACGAAGUAGACUCUGGUUUGGACUUUAGCGCCCAGACUUUGGCCGCAGGCUGCACCAACUCAGGUGUUGUGAUUCAAGUGACGGAUAAAGCCAUUCAUCUUGGAGCAACAUCCGAUUACUUUUCAAGCUUUCGCUUUCAUUAUGAUGCUGGUCACAGUAUCACGAUUGCCGCGGUGGACGGACCGUCUUGUCUCAUUGCGGUUGCUGUCAGGGCCCAGCAUGAGAUACAUCUUCACAUUAAGAGGCUAACGUCGGAAAGCAACCAACUUCAGUUGUCGAAUGUUGGCGACUUCAUGCGGAUUCCUUAUGAGCCGGUUUGUAUAUCCAUUGAAACUUUUGGGACCGAUUAUUUUGUAUUCAUUGGUACGGGCAACGGGAUAAUCUUGGUUUACCAUCUGGGGCAAAACUCUGUCACUUUUCUAUCCGAAGAGCUCGUUGAUGUUGAAAUGGGCGACGAUAUUUCCAAAGCAAUUGAUAGUAUUUCAACAAUCAGCAUGACUUCAGAAGGGCUUCCAAAUGAAUACGUCCUUCUUUGUGGACUCCGAAGUGGUAUCUUGGUACCUUUCGGACUGUCAUUUGACCGUCACAGUGACAAGGCUGCUCCCAUUGUGAUGCAACAGGCAUCUUCGCAACGACUAGGACACACAUCCGUCAAAAUACAGGGCAGGGGAAACCUUGCAUUGUUGACUUGUGGACAAGGCUUUUGGCAGAUAUCAUGCGUUCAAAGUGGCGGAAGGCCUGAAUAUACACUCAACAAGAUAUGGGUCACUGACCAAAACAAUCCUGCCUACCAGCCACGAAACAUCUAUGGCUUUUCCAUCGCCGGCAUUCUGAACUCUGACAUGGAUGCCCUUUCUGAUACACUGUUCUGUAUUGCCGACGGGCAACUUCUGAUUUGCACUCUUGAUCGGGAUGCCAAAACGGUUCCAAGACGCAUUGACUUGCCGGGCAGCGCUACCAAGCUCGCAUAUUCCCAGUACCUGAAGAGCCUCAUCGUAGCUUACAGCCAAACGGAACUUGACACCGACACCGAUCCUAUUAAACGUUUUACUCGAGCGCGCAUUGAGUUUGUCGAUCCUGACUCUCAACAUGCUGUCGUGGACCCCCGUGAAAUCGGCGCAGAGGACGAGUCGCUUCCUUGGCGGCCACAAGGAGCCGCCGGGGAAAAGAUCAGUUGCAUUUUAGAAUGGACGCCGAAGAAAGGCGACGAAGAAUACCAUUUUAUUGUCAUCGGGACUUCACGGAAGAACCAGACAGAGCGAGGCCGGGUCAUCUUCCUGCAAACGUCGCGGGACUUUACGACUUCAUCACGCGUCGAAUGCCGUGUAAAAUACAUCCACAAAUUCGAGAAACCUGUUUAUUCGAUCGCCCCGUAUGGUGGCUUUACUCUGAUGGUCUCGACUGGCAAUGAGAUCAUUCCACUGGAACCCAAGAUUGGGGAGUCACGAGGGUUCCCAGCAGCCAGAUAUUCCAUCCUAUCCCCGGCGGUUUCGAUUACCACGCACGAACCAUAUGUCUACAUGUCAACCUCUAGAGAAUCUUUGAUGGUACUUAAAGUUACCGAGGACAAACUAGCGCUCCAUGCCCAUGAUCGACAGAAACUCGACGGGCUGUCGCAUGUCCAUCUGGGAGAUCAGAAACUCACCCUCGCCUCCAGUCGAGGAGGGCGAGUCAGUAUAUUGACAGAGAACGGGGUGACGGAAAAUUAUAAAAUGAUGCCCGUUGCACUAUGCGAGGCCCAUCUUCCUUCUUCCGUGACGAAACUCUGUCUGGCGUCCACCGGCUCGACCGUAUCCUCACAUUCACACGUUUUCUACGGUACGGCGAUGAACGGCACGGUCUACCGGUUCUUAACAUUAGCAGAGCAUGAGUGGCGUUUGCUGCGUCUCCUGCAGAAUCUAUGCAUCCGAGAUCCCAUCAUCUGCCCGUUUACCCCCAGGAGGAAACGACUGCGUACCCAUGUGGGCAGCGAGCCAUUGGAGUUCCAGCCCUCUCAGAUGCACAUUGACGGGGACAUCCUGGAUCGCCUCGUGAAGUAUGGUCCUGAUUUCCUGACGCAGAUGCUUGAUACAGACGAGUUUUAUACGCCAUCUACCCCAGAAAGCGGAUCCCCCCAGGCCAUUCUCGAUCGGUUCAGUGAGCUCUCGCGGGAUGUUUUGGGCGAAACACCUAAGCCAGUUGAAGCUGUGAUGGGAUGGUUGAAACGGACACUCUAUGUGGGAUUCUAG